CAAGAUACGAUAAAAUUAAAAAGACAUUGUUGUACUUAAUGCUUUGAUUUUAUUUUUCGUUUAACUAUCGAGCGUAAUGGAUCUGUUAGUAAUUGCAUCGUUUUUUGGAUUUUUAUUCUGGGGCAGUUUAGCUAUACCUGUUUAUAUUGGAGACCUGCCACUGGAAAAUCCGGAUUUAUUAGGAGGGGAUAUUAUUGGUGUUUCUGAUUUUGAUCGAAGUGCUACAAUCCAUCCUCAGCAACUAUGGCCAAACGGAGUUAUUCCUUAUGUUGAAGAUCCAGGUCUUAAAAAGACAGUCUUUAGUAGUACUUUAUGGGCAGCUAGAACGCACAUUGAAAAAACUACAUGCAUCCGAUUUAAAGAAAGAACAGACGAGAAAGACUACUUGCGAAUUUUUCCUGGUCAAGGAUGUUAUUCUCACGUGGGAAGAACAGGGGGUGCACAACCACUGUCUCUUGGUCAAGGAUGCGGCUGGCAUGGAACUGUGGUUCACGAAUUCAUACACGCCAUUGGAUUCUACCAUGAACAGAAUAGAUCUGAUAGAGAUGAUUAUCUUGUUAUUUACUGGGACAAUAUCAAAGAAGGUACAGAUUUUUUUUUCUUUUAAAUUUUAUUUUGAUCA